AGGGUGGAGCGAGGGGAGGGAGGUGGUGUUUGCCCCUGUGGGUAUUGGUAAGGCUCCGGAGGGGUUACUCAGUGAGUAGAACCCUGUACAGGAGGAGUAAGGGAAGGGGGCCUUUUACUCCGUGCACAGGAUUCAAUGGACUCAAAGGGAGAGAGUUAGCUUUUACUCAGUGAGUAGACUCUAGUGGAGAGGGACAUGUUAAGAUCCUCUAGGGAGGCAUCCAAAGGAAAGAGGUUUGUUUGUUUUUACUCUACUGAUUGAGUAAGGUCUAGUGGAGCCAGAUCAAAGCCAGAGGGGUGUCUUCUUUUUCUGCUUCGCUGACUGGGAUCCCGUGAGGAGCAAUCAAAAAGAGAUGGGCAUUUUUACGCUGAGAUUAGGGAUCAGAGGGGAAGACUUUGCAAGAAUUUGUUUUUGUUUAUUUACUCAGUGAGUAAGAUCCAGUAGGAAGAGUUCAAGGGUGAGUGUGUGGGACUAUUAAUUUAUUUCAGAGGUGGCAUUUUUAAAAAGAAAAGAAAGACACUCUCCAGAAGACAGAAAACUCCGCCACCCUUAACUUUCAUCUGCUAUGACAGUAAGCCUUUCCUCCUUGGACCAUGCAGAGGAAAGAAAAAUAGCCUCUCCGCCUGCUCUCUGGAUGUACCUUCGAUUGCUGACAUGAUGAACCAGCUUCUAACCCCGCUGCUCCUGGCUUUUUUAACGGAUGACUGUAUAUAAUGGGCAAUGUCCAAUCUGAAGCAACGCAAGAAUCUGAGACAGCCAAAGACGGGGAGGAGAAAGCCAACCCGGACAGGAGCAAGCCAGAUCGGGGCCCGAGUGGCGCAAAACAUGAACUGGGGAGCCGGUCCCCCGGUCCUCAGGCCCCCGAACCAAAAGCUGCCAGUCAGCCUCUGAGCAGCGAGCCCGGGGGAGGGGACAGGCAGACGGGAGCUGCAGAGAUGGGGAAGAAUCACUCCAAGAAGUCCAAGCUGAAGCUGUCGUCCAUGUGGGCCCAGAAUGUGGCCAGCAGUGGGAUUAAGGAGGCCAGCCUCUGCGAUAAGGACCCAGGGGUGGAGCAGCAGGGACUGGCUUGUCUGAGCAGGGCUGACCUCCAGAACGGACAGAGUUCGGGAUCCGUUCUCCAAGAGGAGCCCAAAGGGCUGAAGGUGGCUUUGAGGCCUCCUCAGCAGGCGGUCCCUGACCCGAGAGACUUGAGUGCCAAAAGAGCAGCCGCUAAGGGGAAAGGCAAGCCCGAGAAUGUUCCACUUGCCAGGAAUGCAGGUGGCCCACUGAUGCCACUGGAGAAGUGGACAGAACUGGGCCAAACGCUAGAUGCACCCAAGGAUGUGGUGGAAAGAGAGGUAUGUGGUACCCAGCAUGUCAAAACAGGUGCCAAGGAGUGUUCGGAGAAUGAGGGCCACCCGCCAGAAGCCCUGCCUUCCUCCAAGAAGCUGCCAGGAAACUCAAUGCAUGGCACGGAGUCUUCAAAAAUGACGGAGGACACCUUGGCAGACCCCAGUUUUCUGAUCGUGAGGAGUGGAAACAGGCCUGCUCCUUUCAGCUGCGUGGCUCCGCCUGGAGGGAAGAAGGCCCUCCUGUCAUGGGGGGCUGGCCAUGGGGAGAAAGAGCGAGGAGGCCAGCGGGACAGUGCACUCGGGAGCAACGGCGACUCCAAGGGUCCUUCUCCCAUUUCCCAAUCGCCUCCUGAAUGUGUCAGGGCAUCUAGCAGCCCCGUGGAAAAGCCCCAAGCCUCGGGAAGCGACGUGAAGGCCGGGGUGAAGAGCGAGGCGCUGGAAGCAGAGGCUGUCAGCUCCGAGACAAUGCAGGAGCUGCUGGAGAAAGGCCUCAACUUUCUGUAUAAAGUGACCAUCCAGCCAGGGCAAUGGCCGCCCAGCAUCAAGGCCGUCAAGCAGAAAGGCAGCGUCAUUUCCUCCGGCAUCUCCUACGCCGACGUGUUGAAGCAGUGCCCUCAGAAGUCGUCCCUGGCCAGUGCCCCGAUGCUCUCCAAGGCCUUGCACCAUCUCACCGCAGCGGGUAAGAAACUCCCGGCCUUCAAAGCGCUGGAAAGGAGCAACCCAGAGGACUUCUCUUCUUUCAGCCAGUUGUUCCUGGAGCACUUUAAGAAGGUCGCCCCAAAAGAGCCUGCCCCCCACUUUCCCAAUCAGCAGGUGGUGACGUUUCUGGAGGAACUGUCCACCGGCAACACCAAGCGCUCCGAAUGGCAGAGGCCCCGUCCGCCAACUCCGUACCCUCAGCGUCGCAAAGGCCGGGGCAGGAAGCUCCCAAAGUUUGGCACCACUGUGUCCCAAGUGGUCACCUUCCUGGGCAGCGACCCCAAAUGUGAUUGGUUUGUGCAUGAUGAGAGCCAGAUGCCAUUGGACGAAGCCACCAUGGCAGCCGAAGAAGGGGGCAAGGACUUUGCUGACCCACCUGGCGACAAAGGGGCUGAAGCAGCGGGCUCCUCUCUGCCUGAGGCCACCCUCUUGUUGGAGAAGGAAAUGGCGACGGAAGUGGAUGAGGCGCCCCAGAGACCCCAGAGGAGGCCCCAAGGCCUGGAAGAGGGCGCCCGAGAAGCGAUUCCCACCAAGCCCGCUCCACAUAAUGCUACUUGGGGCGCCCUUUUGCCACUGGCUGCCACCCAGGCUUUUCCAAAGGAAGACCCGCCCCCGAUGCCACCGCCAGGCCCAAAGCCAUGCUCUCCCAGCGAGACCCUGGAGGCGCUCCCUCCUGCCGGCCCCGCCCUAUGCACUCCCGCGGGGCCGACUCCAGACCUGAAGGCACCUGCUGCCACCCAGGCAAAGUCCAAAACCCGAAAGCAAGGCCCUGCGGCUUCCAAGUCAAAAGAGAAACUCAAACCCUCGGGGCAGCCCAAAGUGAAAGCGCCUAAAGGGAAGGGGCAGAAACCGUGGCCCCGAGGUUGCGGAAUGACUUCCCCGCUGAGGUUAGAAGGCGCUCCUCUCUUUCCGCCUUUCGAAAAGGUUGCCAGCCCUUUUUAUUUCGGGGAGCCUUUGGAGGCGCCCCUUAUGCCGGACAAACCUGCCAGCAUCGAUCAGGAUGCAACCUCCGCCCAGGCCGGUCCCGAGCAAGAUCGAGAGGCCGACUGCUCCCCACCGCACCAGUGGCCAGCUUUCCAGGUGGUGGAUUCGUGCUCCAGGAAGUGCUACUGCAAACACCAAGAGCAGAGGAAGCUGCCCAAAAAUGUCGCGGCUUGGCUCAACCCCUCCACCAAUCACCUGGCAGAACCACCUUGGGUCGCCACUGCCAUGCUGGCUGUCUCAUUGGUUGCCGGGACGAAGUUCUGCUUGGACUCGUACGAACAGCAGCGCAUUACCAACGAGGACUGAAUCCCUGGGCAGCCUCUCUAAUAAAGGGUGGUCUGUA